AUGUGCCUUAAUGCAUCUCUCUUGUUGCUUGGCUACGCCGGAGUCUGCUAUGCCCAAUUCGUCUCUGCAAAUACGUCUGCAUCAACUUUCACAAAUCCAAUACUAGAUGGAGUAGGAGCCGACCCCUGGGCGUUUCGCUAUGGCGACUAUUACUAUAUGACUUACAGCACGAAUGACAACAUCACCAUCCUCCGGAGCAGUGUCCUCACUGACUGGAACCACGCGGAUAUCAAACUAGCGUUUACACCACCAGAAAACACCUCUUACACCUACGAUCUAUGGGCUCCUGAGCUUCAUUUCUUGCCAGCCGAGAGCAAAUGGUACAUGAUCUUCACUGCAGACGUGGACCCAGACACACCAUCGCCAAUGCAAGACAUGCUAUGCGACUUCAACUGUCCGGCCGUCAACCACCGAAUGUUCGUGCUCGAGUCCAGUACAUCUGACCCGUGGGAGUCGGAGUAUUCCUUCAAAGCAGGGCUCGACACCUACGACCAGUUCGCCAUUGACGGGACCUACUUCGUACACUCUACAGGGCUGUACCACGUGUAUUCAUGCUGGGAAGGGAAGUACACCUCCUGGCCCGCGAUGCUCUGUAUCUCGCGGAUGAGCGAUUCGUGGACGGUGUCGAGUCCCGAAUCUGAACGCCAAGUCAUCUCCAGGCCAGACCAGCCGUGGGAGAAGACGCCGUACAACCGCACCGUCAACGUCCGCUUGUCGUCCAACGAAGCACCGCAACAGCUCGUUAACCCCGCCACAGGCCAGCAGUUCAUCAUCUACUCCGCCGCACGCAGCGAUAACCGCAACUACUGUCUUGGGCAGUUGGAGUUGGUCGGCAACGACCCCAUGGAUCCAGCCUUGUGGACCAAGCAGACCGCAGGCUGUGUCUUUUACGAGAACCCCGACGAGACUGUCUACGGUGUGGGUCAUGCGAGUUUCACGACGAGUCCUGAUGGGACUGAGCAUUGGAUUGUCUAUCAUGGUAUGAGAGACUAUGAGAACGGGUGGUCUGCGCGCACGAUCAGGACGCAAAGGUUUGGUUGGAACGAGGAUGGGAGUCCCAACUUUCCCAGGCCUGGGGUUGGGCCGUUCGCUGUUCCGAGUGGCCAGGUAGAGGAGUUCAGGCUCGUUUGA